AUAAACCCUUUCAGGCUUAGCCAGCCUUUGAAAACCUUUUGAACCUUCAGUAUAUUUCAUUCAUCAAAUACUGUAAGUCCAUGCCUGGCAGAAGUUAGAACAUCUUUUUGAUUCUUUCAGAAAUAUUGAUUAUAGAAACCCUUGAAAGCGCUCUGAGGCCUCCUCUCUAACAUCUUUUUGCAAUCUGCUAUCCCAACAGGCUGUGACUGGUCCCACCCCAAGAUGACAUCCCCCAAAAACAAAGCCAAGAAGAAACCGCCAAAAGACAGCAUGACGCUGCUGCCAUGCUUUUAUUUUGUAGAGCUCCCGAUCGUCCUGUCCUCCUUGGUGUCCCUGUACUUCCUGGAGCUGACAGAUGUGCUGUCCCCCGCGAUGGUGGGCUUCCGUUGCCAUGACCGCGACCUCUCCAUGCCCUACGUUGAGACGGGCGAUGAGCUCAUCCCUCUGCUGAUGCUGCUGAGCUUGGCCUUCGCUGGUCCUGCAGCGUCCAUCAUGAUGGGGGAGGGCCUCAUGUACUGUUUGCAGUCCAAACUGAAGACAUGUCCCAAGUCAGAGAGCAGCAUCAACGCUGGAGGCUGCAGCUUCAACUCCUUCCUACGCAGAACCGUACGCUUCGUCGGUGUUCAUGUGUUCGGUCUCCUGGCAACAGCCCUGGUGACAGAUGUCAUCCAGUUAGCGACUGGUUACCACGCCCCUUUCUUUCUCACCGUCUGCCAGCCCAAUUACACGGCCCCGGGAGUGUCAUGUGACAAUAAUGCCUACAUCACACGGGACAUCUGCAUGGGGAAGGACCAGUAUGCCAUCAUGUCAGCUAGGAAAACAUUUCCUUCCCAGCAUGCAACGCUCUCCGGCUUCGCUGCUGUCUAUAUCUCGAUGUAUUUCAAUGCCAGCAUCAGCAGCACGACCAAGUUGCUGAAGCCGCUGCUGGUGUUUGGGUUCUGCAUGGCGGCGGGCCUCGCCGGACUGACGCAGAUAACUCAACACCGCAGUCACCCGAUAGACGUGUAUGUGGGAUACCUCAUAGGGGCCGGCAUCGGAGUCUACCUGGCUGUGUAUGCAGUAGGAAACUUCAAAGCAUCAGAAGAAGAUGCUCCCUCUUUGCACAGACUGGCCCAAGCUCAGCAGAAGGACGGCCUGAGGGUGCUGAGCCAGCGGAGUCAUGACUCCCUGUACAGGAAGACGCCCAGGGUGUCAGAGAGCAGAGAGGAGCUGGCGGCCGGGCUGGGCUCCGGGGCUCGCAGUAAGGUGAGGAGGGAGAAGGCGUCGCUGGCCUCCCUCAAACGAGCGAGUGCAGACGUGGAGCUCCUUGCAACCCGGGGUCCCAUGGGUAAAGAAACCAUGGUAACCUUCAGCAACACCUUGCCCCGAGUCGCAAAUGGAAACAGCCCCAUCUCCCCCUCAGACGAGCUGCCCACCACGCAGCGCCACAUGACCUUCCACGUGCCCUUUGACCCCCAGAGGUCCCGGCAGCUGGUGUCAGAGUGGAGGCAGCGCUCGCUGGAGCUCCGCAGCCAGAGCUCACGAGACGAGGAGGAGGGGAUGGAUGGGAUGGAUUUAGGAGAUGAAGGAGCAGCAGGAGAAGGAGAGCAGGAGAUGCCUUCCUCUCUUUACCCCACAGUACAAGCCAACAAAGGCACCGCCACGCCCACUGGAGCCAGGAUAGUGGUGGCCCCUCCCCUAGUUCACAUCCCUGAGGAGGCCACUCGGCCUCCCCCUGUCUCCCCCAAGAGCGCCAAGACCCGCGCCAAGUGGCUGUCACUCACAGAGGGAGGAGGGGUGAAAGAGCCGGAGAAAGGGCCCAUAGCGGUGUCGACUCCCCGCGUGCCCAACACGCAGCCCAACCAGCCGCCCAGCCAGCAAAGAGUCACUCAGGUGAUAGCCAUGUCUAAGCAGCAGGGUCAUGGAGUCACUUCGUCCACUAAGACGUCAGAAGGGGGCUCCUCCUCGGGUGGCGGGUCCAACUGCUCCGAGUCGCCCUAUUACCGGAUCCCAUCUGAUCGAGACAGCUGCACUGGGAGCAACCCAGGGAGCAUCGCCGGAAGUGGGAGCAUCGUCACAAUCGACGCUCACGCCCCUCACCACCCGGUGGUGCGUGUGUCGGCCAAUAACGGCAAGCCGUGGGAGUGGAGGAACACCAUCAGCGGUAACAUGAUGGCCGCCGAAACAGCAGGGGACAAACACCGCGUGGCUCUGCAGCGACAGGACACCGUCAAUCACUACCGGGACUACCGGACACUGCCAGUGAAAACUGACUCGCUCUGCUCCUCCUCGGCCAGCGGCAGCGCCGAGGGAGGACCGGAGCUUCCUCCCCCACCUCUCCCCACCUCCUCCUCCCCUCUUCCUCCCCCUCCUCAGCUGUCAUCACCUCUACCGCCUCCUCCUCCUCACUCCUCUUCUUCCCCCUUGCCUCCCCCUCCUCACCCAAGCUCCUCACCUUUGCCUCCUCCUCUCCCUCACCCUGCCUCCUCCCACAUGCCUCUUCCCCUUCACCUGUCCUCCCAGAUGUCCCCACCACCCCUGCCGUCAUCCUCUCAAAUGCCCCCUCCUCCUCACCAAUCCUCCUCCCAAAUGCCUCUACCUCCUCACCCAUCCUCUUGUCAAAUGCCCCCACCUCCGCACCCCAUGUCCGGUCCACUGCCCCCACCUCCACAUCCAUCCUCUUCCCCUUUGCCGCCGCCACCUCACCACUCAUCCUCCAUGCCUCCGCCUCCUCACCCGUCCAGCUCCAGCAUGCUUCCCCCUCCUCCCCAUCCCGACUUACUGAUGGACAGCCACAGCCAGUCGCUGUCCCGCACCUCCACCCUGCCUCGCCGGCCCUCUGUUUCCGCCCGCAGCCACGCUGAGCAGGAGCACUACUACAAGGCCAUGCAGAACGAGAGGAUGUUAUAGUUAAGACAUCAUUGUCAUAUCAAUGAUUGUACUGAAGACUCAGCUGAAAGAGACAGUGACAAACAAAGUAGGUCGUGGCAGGUGAAUAAAGAUUUAUGACUUUUGAAAAAUGACAAAAAGGUUUAGUGACCAGAACAGCAGCUUUGGUCAAAAUGCUGGAGGCAGCAGGGGCGGAGGACUGUGGCGAGGUCUGGUAGUUCACACGCACUCAGCAGAUCUGGGUUUCUCCUGCUCACACGUACUGCCCACAGCGCCGACUCAACAGCUCUGACUGGGAAAAGAACAGACAAGAGAAGAAAGGGGAGUCAAAGAGAGCAGGGUGAAGAAUUAAAAACCCUAGCUCACCUUGUUCCAGCACGCACAUCCUCCGUGUUUCUUUAAGACACAUUCAGAAAAGGAGGGGAGGCUGAGGCUGCAGCUGAAAGAGAGAUAUCACAAUGAACGGUCUGGGAUUUGCUAAAUCGAGUUUCCCUUGAGAGGCUGGAUAAGACUGAGAAAACAAAACAACUACAGGCAAUACUAGCUCUCCUUAAACUAGGAGAGCAGCUUUUUGAGGUUGCCAGCCAUUACACACAGAGAUUUUGCUGUUGUAACCAGCUGGAAAACUUCAAAGCAACCAAAAGCAAUGAAUUAAGUGCAGUAAUGUUAAGUUCAACCGCUGGUUCAAGAGUAUUUGCCACAAUCCACAAAAGCAUGAGAGUCUUUUUACCCCUCUGAAUACACAAAUCAAAUGGGGAAUUUUAUGUUUGACGCCAAGCAAAUCUUUCAGUAUCCACCGCAGAGAGCCAGCUUACGAGGCGUUGCUUCUGGUUUGGGGUGUGAGAAGGAGGAGGAGGGGUGGGCAUAAGGAGGAUCACGCACAGUUGGGCACCCCUAUGCAGACGUCACUGACUGGAUUACUGUUGUAAACAUGAGAGGCAGUGGAAUGGAAAGAGAAUUGUUCCUAAAGUGAAGAGGGUGGCUGGGCCGCGCAGCACAGCGAGCCAGGGAGCCAGUCUGUCUUUGCUGUGUGCAAAACCUGCCACGGAGCCUGAAGCAGCUCUAAGGAGAUUAACGUUUGUUUAUCAAACCAUGCUAGCACUCUCUUCCCUCCGUAGCCCUUUGCAUUCACCCUCUGGCAAAUCACAAUGGUGACGAGACUGUUAAUGGAAAGCUGCCCAGUCCACAGUGCAGACGGCCAUCACCAGCAACAUGCACACUGGCUCAAGGAGGUGCUGGCUGGAUGCAACUAAUUGGCUCUUGUUGCUAGCAGUCUCCAUUUAUACCUGUUAGCAUUCCAAAGAUUCUGGUACCACUUUCUGACGAUGCAUACUUUCUAAGGGGUUUGUAAGUUGUUGUAGAUGUUUUGAAGUGUGGUUGUAAGAGGUACUUAUAAGACGACGUCUACAUGACCCAGUUUGGAGGAUCCAGCAGGAGUAGCUUCAUGGAAGCUAAGCAAUGUACU